AUGUCCGGCAGCUCGGGCAAAGGUGCUUCCGCGGAGACGUUGCGAGGCAUCCGUCCGAGCGAUGCGGUGCUGUGCGAGAAGUGCCGCAAGUCCAGGGCGCAGAGCGUCGCCAGGCAGGGGCGGAAACUCUGUGCGGAGUGUCUGGUGAGCGCCAUAGCGAAGAAGGUGUCCGCGGAGAGCCGCAUGGGCGGCCUGGUCGGGCACGGGGAUCGGCUGGUUGCGGGCCUCAGCGGGGGCGCAGGUUCCAGCGCGAUGCUGGAGGUCCUCAAAUCGUUCCAGUCGGUCGUGGUCGACAGGCCGGAGCGCGGGAAGGUCGUGUACGACCUGGUGGGCGUGCACGUCGACGAGGCGGGCGCGCACGGCGCGAGCGGCGCGGGCGGAGCCCGGGACAUCCCGCCGCACGCGCGGCGCGCGGUGGAGGCUGUCCAGGCGCUGCACGGCGGCCCUCGCGUCCGCCUGGCCGUGGUCAGGCUGGAGUGGGCGCUGUCGGCCGAGCUGCUGGACCGGGCGCGCGCGCCGAGCGCGGACGGGCCGAGCGACGCCGACGUCGCUGCGCUCGAGCGAGAACCUCCGCAGGAGUUGACGGAGCGGCUGCUGCAGCUUCUCGGGGCCGUCAGGGAUGAGACGGGCCGGGAGGACCUGAUCGCCGCGCUGCGCGGGCACCUGCUGGCGACGGUGUGCCGCGUGCUGCGGUGCAACAAACUCGCGCUCGGGGAGAGCGCGACGCGCAUGGCGAUCAACGCGCUGUGCGACUCGGCCAAGGGCCGCGGGUACUCCAUGACCGCCAACACGAGGUGGUGCGACGCGCGACUGUCGGCGCUCGGUCUGGGCCCGACGGUGGUGCGUCCGAUGCAGGAGGUGACGUCGCGGGAGCUCUGUCAGUACGGGCGGCAUCACGGGCUGCCCAACGCGCCUCCGUACCGGUCCCUGCAGAAGAGGCCCUUCGUGUCCAGCAGCAUCAACAGCAUCGUUGAGAACUUCCUGGGGGACAUGCAGGAUAUUUUGCCGUCGUCGGCGUCGACCGUCCUGAAGACCUGCUCGAAGCUCAUGGCCUUCCAAUUCAACGAAGUGCGCGCGGCAGCCCCCGCGGUCAUGGACGUCGGUCACCGCAGCGCCCCGCACGGCAUGCAGGUGCGGCAGGAGCGCGAGCAGGCGAAGCGCGCGGCGGCGUCGAGCGCGGGCAUCGCGAGCUCCGUGGACGACACCGACGGCCCCCCGCUGCCCUGCGCCAUCUGCACGGGGCCGCUCUCGCCGCACGAGGUCCAGCAGGGCGCGGCGAGGGCGCGGGCGGCGGACGACGGCGCGCACGGGGACGCGUCGGCGCGGGAUCUGUUCGACGCGGCGGGCUGCGACAGCUGCCGGGAGCAGAUCCUGGACCUGCCCGUGUACCUGCAGCCGAGGGCGCAGACCCGCGCGCAGGGCGCCGACCCCGCGCCGUUCAUGCCUCCCGGGAUGCUGGAACUCGCGCGGGCGGUGCGCACCGCGCUGGCGGUGCGUUCGGGCGCGUCGGCGGCGGGCGCCGACCCUGUGUGCGAGGAGCGGGAAGCGGGGGCCGCGGAACCGGCGCUGCGGCGGAUGGAGCGCGAGGAGAUGCGCGCUGCGCUCGAGGGCUGGCUGCUCGAGGACCAGGCGUGA